UGAUCACCAACGGCUGAUCUUGUUAUGAUACUAAGAAAAUCUGCUUUGGUUUGUACACGCAUCUAUCGUUCGACAGUUCAAUCCUUCCCCGCUCCUUUUCCUCCAGGUUGCAGAUUAGUGGCAUGGAUAAGCGGCAUGCACGUUGACCCUGAUAUCGACCACCAACAGUUGGUCUUGUUAUAAUACUCCGAGAGUCUUCUUUGUUUGUUCAUACAUCCAUCGUCCGACAGUUUAAAAGAUUGUUACAACAUACGCACACCAAGAAUGUCUGGAUUGCCCAACGCAAACAAAGGCUCACGCCUCCUUCCAGCUGUCCUCGACCACACAGGCACAGAAACCCCUAAUAGAGUCUACGCUUCCGUUCCCCUCACCCAUGAAAUCGCGGACGGCUUCCGGGAUCUCACACAUGGUGAAGUUCUCCGUGGCGUUGAUGCCUUAGCAACAUACAUCGCCUCCAGGUUUGGAGUGAGUAAAACCUUCGAGACGUUAGCAUACAUGGGUAUUUUUGACCUCAGGUACACUCUGAUUUUCUUUGCUGCUGUAAAAUGCGGCUACAAAGUUCUGUUUCCUUCAUCACGAAACCCAACCCAUCAGAAUGUUUCGCUGCUUAAGCAGACGGGUUGCAAUAAAAUCUUUCACUCGUCAGAAAUGGAAGGUAUCGUGAGAGAGUUACAGAAAGCAAUGGAUCAUGAUAUACUCGAGACUUUUGAUCUGGGAUCAUUUGAUAAAUGGGUGGAGGCUUACGUCGAACCUUACCCAUUCACAAAAACCAUUGAAGAGGCGAGGUUCGAUCCUAUUCUUGUACUGCACUCUUCCGGAUCGACAGGAGCACCAAAACCGAUCACCCAAACCCAUCAAUACUUUGCCAAUGUCGACCGGCCACUUCCCCAGAUUCCUGGUCGGCAGACGGCUGGGGAGAUCCUUUGGAACUACGAAGGAGGUGGAUACUUCCUGUGUCCGUUUCCUCCCUUCCAUCUUGCUGGUUGUAUAUCUUAUAUAUACCAUCCGGUUUUUGGCCAGUCGUGCUCUUUAUUAUUGGGCUUCCCUGAUCGACCAGCAUUGCCAGAGUUGGUUCUUCGCAUGAUGCAACAGAAAAGGGUUCGCUUACUGUUCACACCGCCUUCAAUCGUUGAAGGAAUGCUCGCACUAGACGGUGCAAUCGAGCUCAUUCAAAAAUUAGACGACAUUGUUUACGCUGGGGGGCCAUUAUCCAAAGCUGCAGGUGAACAUCUUGCAAAACUGACUCGUUUGUCUCCAAUUUGUAAGGGAAGUCCUUGAAAUCAUCCAGUCAUAAGUACUAACUUGGUUGGAACAAGAUGGAGCUACAGAAACGGCCACCAUCACAUGCCUCGUCCAACCACCAGAAACAUGGCAAUACAUGGAGUUCCACCCGGCUCUGAAAGUUACCAUGGAACCAGAACUUGACGGCGCCUUUGAACUGGUUUUAAAGAGAGAUGCUGAUGCCGAUCAAUAUCGUGGUAUCGGUGGCACAAUUUUGAGGCAGCAGCCCGAGUAUCGAACUCGGGAUCUUUUUCUCCCUAAUGAGAAUCGACCUGGUCUAUGGCGUUUCUGUAUGUUCUGGUAUCAUAAUUCAUUUCAUUUCCAAUCACUAACAAGAUGUCUAGACGGUCGUAACGACGACAUUAUUGUGUUUUCAAAUGGGCAAAAAUGGAACCCGAUCCCAUCCGAGAGCAUUAUCGAAAGCCAUCUUGACGUUUCGGGAGUCCUGAUUACUGGUGACGGGAAAUUUCAACCAGCAGCAGUUAUCGAACCUAAGCCAGGUGCAGCAACGAAAGACUUGUUGGGCGCAAUUUGGCCACUCGUCGAGCAAGCCAAUCAGAAUUCUCAAAGUCAUGGUCAUCUGAUGAAAGGUAAAGUGGCGAUUGUAGAGGCAGGAGAUUUUAUUCGAGCACCCAAAGGCACUAUUGUUCGAUCCGCAACUCGCAAGAAGCUUGAACGAGUGAUUGAGCAGUUAUAUUCCGAGCCUGGACCGACCGCAGAGACUACGAAGGAAGUGCUUUCGGAGAAUCUGGAGGGCAAGUCGAAAAUUUUCCAGCUUGUGAAGAAAUGCACUCAUGAGUUUGAGAAGUUUGCUUCUGCGAGCGAAGACGAUGAUCUGUUCAAACUUGGUCUCGACUCUUUGAUGGCCCUUGAACUCUCCAAGUCCCUCCGAACAUGCUUGUCGGUCUACUUUGACCAAAAGGAACUUUCAUUCAUCACAAUACUCACGUUGUUUCGAUUUCCGACUAUCAAAAAGCUAGCUGAUGCUAUUGCUGCCACUGUCUGGGGGAAAUCACCGGAUGUGAAUCCUGAGAAUGUUCAAGAGGAUAUCGAAAGGCUCAUUAGAGCUUACACCUCCAAUGACAAGCCCAACCAGACUGUUCCGAAGAUGGCCGUCGAUGGUCACUUGCAUGUCGGAUUAGUAGGAUCAACUGGAUUUCUCGGCAAGGAGCUUUUAGCAAGUCUGAUCAAGCGUCCAGGUAUUGAUAAAAUUACAUGCAUUGAUCGUAGACAGCAUGAAGCACUUCCUUCAGCCCAAGAGAACACGGAAGUAGAGUUCAAAACUAUAACUCUGACUGAUAUGAGCGUUGAAGACAUGCAAAAGGAUCAAAGCAUGUACGAGACAAUGGACGCCAUAGUCUUCAGCGCUUGGACAGUGAACUUCAACCAACCCCUCUCAUUCUUCGAGCCUCAAAUUCGUGCUUUAUCAGCACUCUGCACUGUUCUGGUAUCCUGCAAAAACAGUCCACGACUAUUCUUCAUCUCAUCAAUCUCGUCGUCAAACUGCACACUCGAGUCAAAGGAAUUUCACAUAUCCGAAAAGGUCUUGAAGACCGCCUCGGCUGCGAUGCCGAUGGGCUAUGCACAGUCGAAAUACGUCGCUGAAAGGGUUCUGGAAGAGUUUGCGCGACGCACUGGCUUAGGCGUGACUAUCCUUCGGUUGGGACAGGUUGCGGGUGGGGUUCCGACAGAUGACAAUCCAGGUUCUCCUGCCUCGUGGAAUGAGCGAGAAUGGUUUCCUUCUCUCAUGAAGACUUCUGCACAAUUAGCUCUUAUACCUUCGGAUUUGGGGCCAGUGGAUUGGAUACCAGUCAACCUCAUGACUAAAAGUAUCACCGAACUAAUCUCACACGACGUCUUCAGCAAGAAACCCAACUCCCCUCAAGUUUACAAUCUCUUGAAUCCAAAUCCCGUGGAAUGGCCGCGGUUGCUACCAGCCAUUCAGGCGUAUCUUUCAAGUCAAUGUGAGAUAGUUCCACUUGCGGACUGGAUCGAAAGUUUGAGAAAAAGAGAGAUGGAAAACCAAGCGGCGGAAAAGUAUCCUGCUCUGAAGAUCAUGGGAUACCUGCAAGAAACAAUGAGUAUCUCUGGACAAGGGAGUACGGUUGACAUGGAUCUUACGAGGAAAGCAAGUGUAACAUUGGAUCAAAUGCGGCCUGUCAGUGAGGAUUGGAUGAGACUGUGGCUAUCCUCCUGGGCGAACUUAGAAUGAUUUGGGCGUGUGAAUGACUUGGUUUUACAGGGUUCCAAGAAUAUAAGUAGAUAAGACGCGGAAAAAAUAUGACCGUCUUACCCUAUGUGCAUUCAAUGAGGUUAUCCUCUACGCAAAAGACCACUUAGAAGAUCCAAUCAAGAGUAAGACUUCGAAC